AUGAGCGAGAGGAGGCGAUCUGCUGCCGCGCUGAGCUCCAGAGCGCACGCCUUCUCUGUGGAGGCCCUCAUCGGCACUAACAAGAAGCGAAAGCUCCGAGGCUGGGACGAGAAAGCGCUCGAGCUCUCUAUGGAAAAUCUCACCAACAACGGACAGCUGGGGGACGCAGAGGACGCCGCUCACUGCCUGGAUAUUGACCAGGAUUCCGAAGCCAGUCCGGGUUCAGAUGGUGAAGCGCUGGCGGAGAGAUCAUCGUGUUCGCUGGGUAGCCCGGCUGAUCUGAACCCUGCUGCCUCCAUGGAGGAGAUCCAGGUGGAGCUACAGUGCGCGGACCUGUGGAAGCGCUUCCAUGACAUCGGCACUGAGAUGAUCAUCACUAAGGCAGGAAGGAGAAUGUUUCCUGCCAUGAGAGUUAAAAUUGUGGGACUGGAUCCACAUCAGCAGUAUUAUAUAGCCAUGGAUAUAGUACCUGUGGACAACAAGAGAUACAGAUAUGUGUAUCACAGCUCCAAAUGGAUGGUGGCAGGAAAUGCAGACUCUCCUGUUCCCCCGCGUGUAUACAUCCAUCCGGAUUCACUGGCCUCUGGAGACACGUGGAUGAGACAGGUGGUCAGCUUUGAUAAACUGAAACUUACCAACAAUGAGCUGGAUGAUCAAGGCCAUGUCAUCCUCCACUCUAUGCACAAAUAUCAACCACGAGUCCAUGUCAUCCGGAAGGACUUUAGCAGUGAGCUGUCUUCUACUAAGCCAGUACCCAGUGGAGAGGGUGUUAAAACGUUCAGCUUCCCUGAAACUGUUUUCACCACAGUUACAGCUUAUCAAAACCAACAGAUUACCCGGCUAAAGAUUGACCGCAACCCAUUCGCCAAAGGUUUCCGGGACUCAGGAAGAAACAGGACCGGUUUGGAGGCAAUCAUGGAAACAUAUGCCUUUUGGAGGCCACCUGUGAGGACACUUACCUUUGAGGACUUCACUAACAUGCAGAAGCAGCAAGGAGGAAGCACUGGCACGUCUCCUACUACCUCGAGCACUGGCACACCAUCUCCCUCUGGCGCCGCUCAUCUUCUCUCUCCUUCCUGUUCACCUCCCACCUUUCACCUGGCUCCUAACACCUUCAAUGUGGGCUGCAGGGAAAGCCAGCUAUGCAACCUUGGGUUGUCCGAGUAUCCCGCUUGUGCUCGCAGUAACAUGUCAACCCUGCAGGGCUACGGAGGACUAGCUGACGGCUCCUAUGGCCGUCUCCAAACAGCAGGGGGCAGUGUAGCCACCGCCCAGCCUUCAGACUCCUUCCUGCCCCAAAGGACUUCCUCUUUAAUUGCAGCAGGAAUGCAGGGAAGCACUCACACCUCGCUGGCUGCCAGCAGUAAUGGUGGAGGCAGUGGCAGCGGUAAGAUGGAUGCCUAUGGAAGUCAGUUGUCAUCUUUCCCCACCUCCCAGCUCCAGUAUGUGAUGCAGGCCGGGGCUAGCACUGCCUCGGGAUCAUCCUCCUCUCCAGGAUCCUCACCUUCAUCAGCCCACAUGUUUUCUGGGAGCCAUCACCACAUGCAGCAGGGCUCGUAUAAUGCCUUUUCCUUGCACAAUCCUUACAACUUGUACGGAUACAACUUCCCAGCCUCGCCACGCUUAGCUGCCAGCUCAGAAAAGUCUCAAGCUGGUCUACUGUGCUCAUCGUCUUCUGCUGGAACCUUUGCUGAGCGACAGUACCUUUCGAGUGGCAGCAUGGACAGCAUGCACAUGAUAGGAAAUCCCAGCAGUAGCCAGCAGGUGUCUGCGGCCUGCGAUGGUCGCCAGUAUGGCUCUUCAUCUCAAAUGUCCAUGCAUAUGGUAUGAA